AUGGCGCCGAAGCAGCGCAAGACGCUCGGUCCGAAGCCCGCUGUGGCAAAGGGGAGCGCUCGCGCGACGAGCGUCAGCGCGGCGAAGAAGGGCAAGGCGACGGGGUCCGCGCUGCGCGAGAAGACGAACGUGAAGGCCGGCAGCUCGGGCGCGCCCCCGCCGUUCGACGAGACACUGGAGCCGCACGCCAUCACCAGCGCGCUGGCUGAGCACAUCGAUUCGUGCGCCUGCGCGCUCGAUGCCGACCGAAUGAACGGCUGGUUCGAGGAGGAGGAGGAGGCUGACGCGGAUGGCCAGAACUUUUACCACGACGCCUCGGAGCUCGUCAACCGGGUGGACUGGGUGGGCGUCAGUGGCAAACGCCACGUGGGGCAGUGCCACGUGGCGCUCCUGACGCUGGCGGAGGUGACGGACGAGAUGGAGUCGGUGCGGCCUGGCGCUGAGCACGGGUACACGUACCCGUUUGUCGUUGGAAGGGCGUCGAGUGUCCUUUCUCGCAUGGGGAUCUCGAAUCAGAUCCGCCUCGUGUGGCGCGACCUGCUGCGCGUCGCCGCGGGCCUCGAGGGCGGCGUGACGGACCUCGACAGUGACUACAUCCAAGAAGACGGGGUCGCGCCGCUGGACCAGAUGAUCGCCGACGCGCUGGCGUACAAGUGCGACGUGCUGAACGAGUUCGCCACCGGCCACGAGGCGGAGUGCGGGGGCGACGCGGAGAGCUGCAAGGCCGCGCGGGACUUCAUGGCGGGGCGCAGGAAGAGGCUCCAGGAGAAGGCGACCGGGUCCGGGCGGUGGGAGGGAUCGAUGGACCCGAAGUACAGGGACCCACUGCCCGUCGAGCUCAUCCCGGAUCCGAAGCUGCGCGUGGGUGCACGCAAGCUGGCCAAAGCGGUGGCGGGCGCGAAGGCGGUCCCGAGCAACUACGAGCCUUAUGAGGGCUAG